UGGAGAUCAGCAAUGGCCGGGAAAAUGGAUCAGACGAUGAUCAUCGUGUCAGGGAUCGUCGGUUCUCUGGGGGUGCUGAGCGCCAUUCUGGGGUUCUCCGCUGAGGGCACAAAGCUUACUGUUUCGGACUUGCUGUCGGCCUAUGGGGUGUGCUAUUACCCUCCGAAUCCGGCCCUGGCGCUUGGGGUCUGCGCGGCCAUCUUCCUGAUAAUUGCCCAAGUCGUCUUCGCCGUCGGCGGCGGCUGCUGUGGCUGCUGCAAGUCCCGCGCCAUGCCCUCCGAGACCAGCCGGAUCAUCGGCCUUGUCUGCGCCAUCGUCUCAUGGAUCUCGGCGGUGAUCGCGUUCGCGCUGUUCGUUCGGGGCGCGGCGUCGAACGCAACCGGGGAGCGGGACGCGACGAUACUCGGGCUGUGCUACGUCCUCAAGGACGGCAUCUUCGCCGGUGCGGCGGUGCUCACGCUCGCCGCCACAGCCCUCGCGCUCACCUCCUACAUCCUGCUCCGCAGGCAGCCGGACGCCGCCGCCGGGGCGAAGGCACAGCUGCCGGUGAGCGCGGCCGGGAUCUCGAUGGGGCAGCCGCAGUUCCCGCAGCAGUCUCCUCCCCAGGGGUACGGACAGGCGCCGCCGCCGAACUACCCACAGUACUCACCGCCGGCCCAGGGUACGUACGGGCAGGCGCCCAACGGGCAGUUCCCUCCUCCUGCACAAGGCUAUGGAGGACACGCGCCGAACCAGCAGUUCCCUCCUCCUGCACAAGGCUAUGGGGGACACGCGCCGAACCAGCAGUUCCCUCCUCCUGCUCAGGUCUACGGAGGACACGCGCCAAACCAACAGUUCUCUUCGCCUCCUCCUGCUCAAGGCUAUGGAGCGCACGCGCCAAACCAGCAGUACCCUCCACCUGCUCAUGGCUACGCGCCGAACCAGCAGUACCCUCCUUCUUCUCCUCCUCCUACUCAUGGCUAUGCACCGGCGCACCAGCCGAACCAGCAGGCCCCGCUUGCUCAAGGGUAUGAGCAGGUGCAGGAAGGACCCGAGGUCGCUGCUGAAGUUGCCGAGGGUGAGACUGAUGGCGGUGCCUGGACAUCGGAGCCUGUGUAGGUGAUGCUGGGGCCACACAGUGAGGCUUUCGUGGCUGAUGAGAAACUUGUGCGAAGCCUGGGCAAAAUACAAGUUAAAGUUGUUUAAUUUUUUAUAUAUAUUUUCUUUAAACCGUGUCAAAACUCAAAAACCACUUGAAGUAUAGUGUGACAUGUUUAAAUACAUUGCUAUCUUUUUUCAUCAGUUUAGAUUUUAAAUUGAAUCGGCUAGCGCAUCAGCUCAAUUUGGUAUGAGAGCCAAGUGUUGGAUAGGACUUACUUUUUGCCUGUGAAGUAAAUCCUUGUAAUCGUUCAAA